CCAUUACGCGCCGUGCACCGGCGCGUUUCCGAACGCGAGAGCAGUGGUUGUCAGGGUUGUUGGUGGUCGACGGUGGUGGUCAAUGCGAGAGACCGAUACCCGAAAUGGAUCUCGACGGCGAAACACGAGUGCUCGAUGAGGGACGCAACGACACGCGAAACACGAGAGGUCCCGCGAACCCGCGCGAUAUUUAGGGGACCAUAACCUAUGCGGCCACUUGUGCGCACUCACGCAGACAACUCCGGCUGGGCAGCGGCGAGGGUGCCGCACGGUCAAAAUGUUGGAGGGACUCGUCGCCUGGGUGCUCAACAACUACCUCGGCAAAUACGUCGAGAACCUGAACACCGACCAGCUGAGCAUCGCCUUGCUGUCGGGGGAAGUUGAACUGGAGAACUUACCCCUGAAGCGCGAGGCUUUGCGUCACAUUGGACUGCCGAUGGAAAUCAAGGCUGGAUUCAUCGGCAAAGUCAGAUUGCAAGUGCCGGUCAGGCAGAUAAGGACCGCGCCGUGGGUGAUAGGCAUAGAGCAGCUCUAUUUAGUGGCAGGACCAAUUAAUCUCGACGAGUACGAUAACGAGGCGGAGGAACAAGCAAUACUAGAAUAUAAGCUCAGUCGACUGGAUGCUCUGGAAGCGAGAUGGCGAGCCGACAUAGAGCACGAACCUGGUUAUUACGCUUCGAGUUACAGCUCGUGGCUGAAUUACGGCACGUCUCUGGUAACGAACAUCAUCGAGAAUUUGCAGUUGAAUAUCAAAGAUGUUCAUAUUAGGUAUGAAGAUGGUAUUACGCUGCCAGACGACAAUGGCAUUGCGUUUGGCAUUACGAUUGGAGGAUUGACUACUCAGAGUUGCGACGCCAACUGGGUACCCAGUUCCACAUCUUGGAAUCUUACGGACGCGUCGUUCAAGCUAAUGGAACUCGAUAGUCUGUCGGUUUAUUGGAAUCACAUGAAGAAGGAUCAGCUCUUUGGCGGUCUUAAUCUGGGCGAUCUAGCUAUUGCCAUGAGCAAAAAUAAGACUCGACAGCACAUCUUGUCGCCCGUGAAUGCGAGAGCGCACAUUAAGAGGGAUCGAACCGAGCGUCCAUUGAGGUCUAUGGGUAAACCACGUAUCGUAGUAGAUUUGCUCUUGGAUGAAGUACCAUUGUCUGUAACAGAUCUGCAAUAUGAAGAGAUGGUCAUGUGUGUCAAGGAGCUUGAUCGCAUAGAUCGUCGUAAACAGCAGUGGCGCUGUAGGCCUGUAAUCCCCGUGAAAAAGGCUUGCAGGGAAUGGUGGAGGUACGCCGCCAGAUGCCAUCUCGGCAGGGAUACGCUGAAACCGAAGCCAACCUGGGAAGAUGUACUUCUCAGAGCCAAAGAGAACGUCUCUUACGUUCAAGCGUACGCUAAAGUGUUAGGCACGCCUACCUCGAUUUUACCGCUGGAAAUUAAAACGUUGAAGGAGAAGGUCGAGAACGAGCGGAAUUUUGACCAGCUUCGAGUAUUGAGGGAACUGGCUAUGGAGAAAGUGAAACCUACAAACUCGCAACAAGAGCCUAAUAUAAAUGUGCCGCAGGGACGCGGCAUGCUCGAGCAAUGGUUUCCACAAUGGUGGGGCUGGUCUUCGAAGACGCCUCACAGCAGCAAUGGGACGCAAAACGGAAGUAACUCGACUACUUUCGACGGGGAACUGCUAGACGUUUUAGCGGACACCGUGAACGAUGACACUCUUCUACGUCGCGACGCGGUGUUCGGUCAGUUCAAUUUCGCCCUGGUGCAAGGCGCGGUAUCGUUGUGCACCGCGAAAGACGAGAGCAACGGCAGGAAAACCGUGAUAGAACUGAAGUUCGAAAGAGUGAACCUGAGCUACGAGUCACGACCCAGGUCCGGGUCCCACAGGUUCUCGAUCAGUCUGGGUGCGUUGUACCUGCACGAUUUUCUCACGGACAACUCCACGUUUCCCAUUUUGGUGCAGCCUCAGGUCCAGUCCAACGGUAUAUCCUCGCGCGUCCGCAAUUCGUCGGAGAAACUGACAAAAACGCCGCGUCACUUGUUCGAGCUGACAUACGAGAAAAGACCGUUGCACAUUAACGUGGAUCAUUUGUUGCACGUGUACUCGCAGUCUUUGGAUGUCGUUUACAAUCCAACCGUGAUAUACUGGCUGAUAGACUUUAUGUGCAAGCCGCAUCGAUCGGUGUCGUCCAACCAGCGAUUCCAGGCGAUGAAGCGUCGCACGAGGAGGCAGCUGAUCAAGAACUGGGAACAGAUCUUGGACGGCGAUUUCGUAUACCGCUCGUCUUGGGAUCUACAGUUUAAGAUCUCUGCCCCGCAAAUCCUAUUGGUGGAGAGCUUUGUCGAUUCCAAUGCGGCCGUGGUGAUGGUCGACUUUGGCAAGUUACAUUUGUCGAACGACGCGUAUCUGAAUCAGGUGAUACUGAAAACGGAGUCGACCAACAGUGACGACGACGAAGACGAGAGAUACGAGACACCUUGCUCCACGCCGCCCGGUAGCCAGGAGAACGGUUCUCUGCACGAUUUUCAGGGCCUGUCCGAGACCGAGUUGCACAGGAAAUUGUACGACCAGUACUCCAUCAAUCUAGUGGACCUGCAGAUUUUAGUGGGCAAGACAAAGGACAAUUGGAAGCACGUUCGCACGAGAGGCAUGUCGAGUUUGCACUUUCUCGAGCGUUUCAACAUAUCGUUACAAAUUGAGCGACGUGUCUUUACCACUUCGGAUCCUAAUUUCCCGUCGGUCACGGUAUCCGGUAACCUGCCGAGACUGGUGGUGCACGUGAACGAGCAGAAAGUAGGCGCGAUACGCCUAAUUUAUAACUUACUGUCGAGCUUCUCCAACUCCGCCGGCAUCCCGCAGACAGAAGCUAUCAGCGUGGAGCCGAAAAGCCCCAGGAAGGAAGAGAAUCUGGAUCGUUCCUUGAGCCAUGCCGUGAUGGUGCAAUUUAUCAUCGAUCAGAUGGCCUUUGAGUUGCAGUCGAGGGGCCGCAGCGUGGCGGAGCUGCAGGUGUCCGGUGUUCGGGCGGCCCUCAGCAAAAGGAUGGCAGAUCUGAGCGUCUCUCUUUCCGUCCACGGUCUGCUCUUGGUUGACGCUCUUCAGGAAUUCGGGCCCGACUUCGAACUGCUGGUGGCCAGCCACAAGCAUGUCGGCAUGGACAGCGUGUCCGGCAGAUUAAGGGAUUCGGAGCCGACAUCGCCCAUCUCGCCGGAGUCGCCCGAGUCACCGGACUCCACAAGGCCACCACGACUGACCUCGCCCGUCGCCCUGACCAACGCUCUGUCGACUCUGGCGAAUAAAACUAAGACCCCGCAAUCACCUAAGAACAAUUCGUUGGUCGGCCUAGAAAAAUUAGACUCGGAAGCGCUGAUUGUCGUAGAGUUGACGCUGGUGGACGACCCCGCGGAAAAUUUAAGAAUGGCCAACAUACAAUUCAAUAAUCUGGAUAUCAUAGCUAAUCAGGAGACGAUAGUGGAGUUGCUAGGUUUCUUCCGGAGACUCUUGCCGCUGCAAAAAUCGCGGACGGCGUACGUCGCGAGCCGAGACGAUUCUCUGUCGAGUCAGAGUAUAGAAAUGAGGUCGAUGUCAACGAGAACCGAGAUCACCUUCGACUUUCACCGCUUGAACGUGCUGCUCCUACGCGCGGUCAUGCAGGACAAUCACUUGGUGGGGCAGAAAAUCGCCACGGCGACCAUGUCGGACGCGCGCAUACAGGCGACUUUGGCCGCGAACACGUCGAUCUCGGGCUCCCUCGGUGGCGUGCAGGUUCUCGACCAGACGCCAACCGGGAAGACGCAUCAGCGGAUAAUCAGCGUGGGUCGAGACCCCCUGGCGGACCCGCAGCACCAUCCGCUCGAGCACUUCAGCAGUCUGUCCGAUCAGCCGGAGGCGUUCAAAUUCGUGGCCAGUCGCAACACCAGGCAAGCCAGCGAGGAGGAUUGCACGGAGAUCGACCUCGACCUGACGAUACGCGUGGCCAGUGUCUGGUACACUCACGCGCCGCACCUGAUAUCGGAACUGCGCUCGUGCGCUGACGAAUUCAAGCAAUAUCUGAGCAACUUUGCCCGCCAGAUCAGCGCAGCCGCCACCGACAUGGCGAUCGGUCUGGUGAACGCCGACGAUUGGACGAUCCCGCCGCGCAAACGUCUGCCGAGCGUCUCGAUUGAUCUGGAUAACGCGAACGCGCUGUCGCUGAGAUUAGACGUGCUCCUGGAGAGCCCGGUGCUCGUGAUACCGCGUUCCUCGCACAGCAAACAGGUGUUCGUCGCUCACCUGGGCACGAUGUCGCUGCGACACGAACCCCACUUGGGCUCCAUGGCGAAGCACAAGGUGACGCUGGAGGUGCGCGACAUGAAUCUGUAUUCCCUCGAGGUGUCCGCCAACAUCGGGCAGCCGCAGAGCAACCUGCCGAGGGCCGAGGAGAUGUACUCGUGCAAGGAGUCGGGUAAGCCGAUACUGCACGACACGACGCUCAAGAUCUUGGUGGAGAAGCAAAACACGUUGACGCAGAGCAUGAGCUUCCUACUUGACGGCGGCGACUUUACGAGCAACAGUCCGAUUGUGCAGGUGCACGGCGCCGUAAUAACGCCGUUGAAAGUGUCGCUGUCGCGCGGCCAGUACGAGCAGCUGCUCGACACCGCCCACCGAUUGUUCUCCAUGCCGGCGGUGACCGCGACGGCCGCGGUGUCGGAAUACGACGAUCUCGAUGGACCGAACGACUACUCGGAAAAGCUCGACCUCUGCGUGAAGGUCUCGUUCGAGCUGCCGAUCCUUAGCGUGGAACUGAAACAGGCGCACUCGGAGCAGCCGUUGGUGGAGCUGUCGAUGCGCGACUUCGUCGUCAAGUACGACAAGUUACACGGGAACGAGUCCAGCGUGCAGGUCGCGCUGCGUUCCCUCUUGAUGGAGGAUCUCCUGUGCCCGGUUGGCUCGCGGCAUCGCUACAUGAUGCAGUCGUCGGCGCCCACGCGUGCCAAACUGCCCACGGGCGUUUCCAGGUCCUGUCCGGAUCUCGCGUUCGCGCGGCAGUACAAGAACGCCUUCGGGCAUGGCAGUCUGCCGGAUCGGCUGGAGACUUACAGCCUGUACGACGCGAUUCCGGCGCACUGGCGCAGGAAGCCGGCGGUCUCGUCGGCCGCCGACACGCCGCACACUCCGCCGCCGUCGCCGGGCGGCGUCGCCAGUGAAGAGAACCUGGUGCUAAUGAGUAUCACCAUGACACGUCCCGAAGAGAACGGCUGCGUCGUACCGGAAGAUCGGUUCCAUCGCAAAAUGGUAACCGUGGACUUCAAUUGCCUGGACUUAGUGAUAAGCGUCGAGUCGUGGAUGGUGGUGUUUGACUUCUUUGGGAUUGCAGGCCUGUCCGGGGCGGCGGGUGACCAAGUCGCCGCGCAUCGAGCCACACCGGACAGCGACAUCACCGGCGCGAGCAAGGUGGACGACAAUUUGCCGGUAAGGUCGGAAACGGAGAUAGAAGUGAGAUCGCUGACACUGGUGCUGACGCAGCUGGAGCGCGAAAUAGCCAAGGCCAACGUGUCCAACGCCAGUAUGCAUAUCCUCAAGACGGUGGACGGCAAGACCAAGGUGUCCGGGUCGUUGGGCUCGAUGUCGUUGCUGGACCUGACGCCGCAUGGCCGAUUCUACCGCGAGAGAUUCCUGUCGUCCGGAAGGAAGGCGCUCAACUUCCAGUACUCGAGCUACGCCGACUGCGAGGAUCGGCCUCACGACGCGCGGCUAAAGCUGGAGAUGUCCGCCGUGCAUUACGUUCACACUCAGCGAUUCGUCGCGGAGCUGCAGGCCUUCUUCGGCCACUUCUCGCAACUAUGGAGCAUCAUGCGGAAUUUGCGGGCCGGCGUCGGCGCCGUCAUAGACGUGAACAAGCGCGGCACGCGAUUGUCGCUGCAGCUGCACGCCGGCGCACCGGUAAUACUGCUGCCGGUGAGUUCCAGGUCUGACGAAUUGAUUCUGCUCGACCUGGGAGAGCUCACGGCGCACAAUCGAUUCGACACCUCGUUAAUCGUACCGGACUGCCUGCUGGACGUGAUGCUGCUGGAGCUAGUCAACAUGGACGUGUACGCGGCGCGGCGACUCAAGUGCGACUCGAGCCUGAAAGAGGACGCGGACGCCUUGAUGGUGGGUGGCUUCCUCGUCAAGAAGAUGGGCUCCUCGUUGCUCACGGAAAAGUGUCAUUUGAAGCUGCGCGUCGAACGGAAUCUGGACACUUACGUCAGCCGCGACAUACCCGAUCUCAGUAUACACGGUAUACUGUCGACAAUGGACUGCGCCCUGGACCCGGAACAAUACAUGCUGAUCCGCGGCCUCUUGUCUUACAACAUCGGCGAGAACCUGGACGACCUGCGUCUCCUCGUCCAGGAUUUGAAUCACACGGUGGAAUACGCGAUCCCAGUGGACAAUCGCGCGAACACGUGGACCCGAUCCUGCAUAACUCUCGAGCUGGUGAACGUAACGGUGAAGCUGCAUCCGAGUCACAACAUCGCGGCGCUCGCGUGCAUCAACUUCAUCAAGUCCCGACUGACGUUGGACUCGCUGAGCGACGGCUCGCAGGACAUCGAUCUGGUGUCGCAGGAGAUCCUGAUCACGGACACGCGUUUCCAGAACGAGCCGGUGGAUCGGCAGUGCAACGUGUUUACGCGAAUCCUACAGCCGCUGAGAGACACGGCGGACACGACCGAGGCCGCGCAGGACCGCGUCCAGGCGGAGGUGCAUCACCGGAAGCGCAAGGCUUACUCGGCGACUACCAUUCUGCUGCACAGCAUGCGACUGACCGCUAUUCUAGACUGGUGGCAGGCCGUGCGAGACUUCCUGUUGCUCAACUCGCCGGAGCCGGACCCUAUACCCGGCGCCGUGCACGUGUCAGUUGUCAAUCAGGAAGCCGAAGUCGUCGACACCGCCGCGACCGCCGUACCGUUUGAACUCAAGAUCAACAUCACCGACUCGGAGCUGGUUAUCGUCGAGGACACCGCGAUCCUCGACACCAACGCCGUGAUUCUCAGAACGACCGCCGUCCUGUCGUACCGCUCGGCGCCGCAGGACGGCGAGAAGCCGCUCUCCUGCAAUCUCUCGCAUUGCGAACUAUUUUCGUGUAUCCUGGGCCUGGAGAACGAGACCGCUCUAUCGAUCAUCGAUCCGGUCGGAGCUAGCUUGGAUCUAACUCAGGACAGAUCCCUGGAGAUCCAGCUGCAGCCAUUGUGCGUGAGACUGAGCUAUCACGACGUGACCAUGUUCUCCAGGAUGCUGAGCUCCCUUCCCAAGCAGACCUUGUGGGCGAGGCAGAGAUCGAGCGAGGCGGGCCUGGAGAGCAAUCAGAUAAUGGACGGCCAGGUGUUGAAACUGAUCAAUUUAGGUUUCGCAGAGGCAGACUGCAAAAUCGCGCUGGAUCACUGCGACGGCCAGCUGGACGAUGCCGCUCUGUGGCUGACGCAGAACGCGGUGCCGACGAGCGCCGGGACGGCCGCGGCCAGCGACGACUCGGUCUUCCGGGCCAUAGAGCUGCAGGUGUCCUGCAUGCGGAUAUGUAUCAUCGACGAUUGUCGCGACGCGGACGUGCCGCUUUUGGAGAUCACCUUGGCGGACUUCAACAUGCGGAAGCUGAGUCAGCAGCCGGGCUUGCUGUCCGCCACUAUCGGCGUGGACUACUACAACCGAGUGCUGAGCGGCUGGGAACCGUUUAUUGAACCCUGGCGGGCGAACAUUGACUGGGAACAGGUGUUCGCCAGCUCGUUCGAUCCGAAGAGACUGCACGUGUCCAUCAACUCCUACGAUUCUGUGAACGUUAAUGUCACGCUGACGCUAGUGGAACUCGUGCAGCUGGUUAAACACAACUGGACGCAGGAUUACUAUCUAUCUAACGGAAACGCGAUCGUCGGUAAAUCGGCGACGACCGGACAGGUGUAUCGUCGUCGCUCGCCCUUUAUACCAUUCGCCCUGAAGAAUGACACUGGCUGUCGGCUUUGGUUUAAAACGUUCAUCGCCACGACGGACGAGACGAUAGACGUGAGCAAAGCGUCAUCUCGAACGAAGAACAUCCCAGACAAGGACGACACGUGGAUAGAGGUGAUUCCGGGCGACACGACGCCGUUCACGUUCGAAGAGAGAGGCAAGCUGAGGCAUCACGCGACGCAUAUCGUCAGGAGACACCAGAUUGCGGUUCUGGUCGAGGGCUGGAAGCCGGUCGAUCCUGUGACCGUCGAUCGCGUGGGCAUUUACUUCCGACACGCAAAUGCUGACAUCGCCGGAUUUCAGUCGAUCACACCGAAAGCUAGAGUCGUGUUUGCUGUGGAAUUGGAAGGAUCCGCCAGGAAGUUAGUUACUAUUAGAUCAGCCCUUCAGGUGUCCAACAAGCUGGCUCAUCCGAUCGAGAUCAAAAUGGAAAAAUCGUUGAACCUUGGAUACUUGUCCUUGACCAGCACUGGAAGAAUUCUACAAGUGCCGGCGCAAUCGGUGAUGUCCGUGCCUUUGACGCACACCGGCGUGCAGAUGUGCUUCAAACCGCUCAUCUCGAACUACCUGUUCCAAUAUUGCAUGGAAUCGGUGGACUGGACGGUAGUUAAAAAGCCGUCGGAGGUAACAGAGAACUAUGUCACUUGCCGGACUAAUCAGAACAAUAUAUUCAGAAUGUGCGUGGCCGUAAGACGAAACAAUUAUCCAUCUGACGGUAUGCAAGUGUUGCCGGCGCACACAAUCGCAGUAAUGGCGCCCAUAACGUUGACGAACCUGUUGCCGUACGAAUUGACGUACGAGGCAGGUGUAGAAGGCAGUAGAAUCGCUCCCGGCUGCAGCGCCGAUUUGCAUUGCGCAAAUUUGAACGAGCAACUAGAAAUUACGAUUCAAUUAGACGGUUAUCCAGGGUACGGAGUGAUAAUGCUGCCACCGAACAUUUCUUCUUUUACCGCUCGCCUCAAAUUGUUGGAUUCCGCCAGCCGGAUGCUUUACCUCCAAGCAACUGUGGCUGUGGAGAAAGGUGCCGCCAUGCAAAUCAACAUCACUGCGCCUUAUUGGAUCAUCAACAAGACCGGAUUGCCGUUGGUCUUCAGACAAGAGGGAGUCGGCCUCGAGGCGGCAGGACAAUUCGAAGAACACGAAAGAGCGAGGAUGGUAGCUCCGUUGCUAUUCUCGUUCAGCGACGAGGAGGCCAGUAGAACUUUGUCGGUGAGGAUCGGAACGGAAGUUCAUCCUCAUGGGGUACCACAGUGGUCGCAGCAUUUUCAUUUGCAGCCUGGAAUUCACGUUCAUCGCUUGAGAAUCAGUCUACGCGAUGGCAGACCCGAUAUAGUCUACUUGAUUAGCGUAGCCACUCGCGCAGCAAGAGGAAGGUACAGAGCCACUACAGUGGUUACACUAUCACCGAGGUAUCAGUUGCACAAUAAGUCGUCUUACACGUUGGAGCUGGCUCAGAAAUGUUUCACGACGACUGUCUCUCAUCCGGAUGCCCAGGCGACACAUAUAACGACCAUGCCCGACUGUCACAUGCCCUUCCACUGGCCACGAUUGGAUAAAGACUUGUUGCUUUGCGUCAGGAUCGUUAACGUUCCGGAUUGUAUGUGGUCGGGCGGUAUGAGACUGGAUGACAAUUAUUCACUGACCAUUAACGUCAGGGACGUAACAGGGAAGAUGCAUUUCCUACGAGUAGACGUAGUGCUACAGGAGACUACAUUCUUCAUCGUAUUCACUGAUGCCGAUACUAUGCCGCCGCCUAUAAGAGUAGAUAAUUUCUCGGAAGUUCCUUUACUCGUCAACCAGAUCGGAGUUCCCGAUAAUCUGCAGUGGACCGUGAGACCCCACUCGUCGGUACCGUACGCCCUGGACGAACCAAUAAAAACUGCUGGUUUAGUGCUGACAGCACCCGGAGGCGUGACAGCUUCUUACGAUUUAAACAUACUGGGAGAGGGCAGAGGGCUGACUUAUGAAAACUUCAUUUACAUCGCGUUCACAGGCACCUUCAAGACUGAUUCCGAUCUCGGGGCAGGCGAGAGCAAUUUAGAUCCGCUGGACGUAGAAACUCAGAGACUGGUCUUAGAAGCUGGUUCUGGGGGUUGGGUUGCCCUUCGAAGGAAACAGUACGGUGACAGAGCGCAGCUUUGGAGAAUGACCGGCGAUGGACAGCUGCAGCACGAAGGCUCCAGUCCGCCGAGAGACAAACAUUCUAAAGUUCCGGACACGAUAUUCGUUUUGGACAUAGCAGGCACCGCACCGCAACCGUUCACCUAUUGCGCUCUCGCCCUGAGGAAACCGGACCCCAGGCGACGAUCGACGCAGACCUGGCGAUUUACCGACGACGGGCGUCUAUGUUGCGCACACAAAAAUAUGUGUGUUCAGUCGAAAGACGGCUUUAUGGGACUAUACGAAGGCGGCAGUGUCGCCCGUUGGCAAAUGUGGAGCGAAGCCGUGCUGGGCCCGCAGACGCACAGCAAUCCACCGCCGAUCGAGCAACGUGUGGGUAGACAAAAGCUGCGGCCUGGUUCUGGAUUCUUGUCGGUCAGAGUGACCACCGACGGCCCGACCCGCGUUCUGCAAGUUUUGGACAUCAAGGAAAGGAAGAAAACGUUCGCCCUACUCGAGGAGCGCGACUGGUCGAACAUCGCCGUGACUCAUCGGCCCACCCAGAUCGACACUGACAUUAAAAAAAUGGAUUCCAGCGAAUUAAAUCUCGAGCUGAACUUGCAGGCCGGUCUCGGAUUGUCCAUCGUGUCGCAGAGACCGCUGGAAGAGCUGUUGUUCGCGCGGCUGGCCGCAAUCUCCUUAGAUCUAGUGCAGACCCCGUUGAACACCACGUUGGAUCUGAGCGUCGCCGACGUUCAAAUCGACAAUCAACUGUUUGAGGCGCAGUGCACCUCGGUUUUGUUCGUGACACGGUCGUCCCGUACGGAGGACGAGUACCGGCCCGCCCUUCAUUUAGCAGUGGAGAAGUUACAGUCGAAGAAUCAGAAUGCCGAGAUAUAUAAACACGUCAUAGUCAGCGUCAAACCACUGUGCAUGCACUUGGAAGAGAAAUUUAUCCUGAAACUGGCGGCAUUCCUCGGAAUCGGCAAGUCGGAGCUGGAAGUGCCCGUCGACGAGAAUGACUUCAAGGCGCAGAGAUUUAUCUCCGAGGUGUCCGCCGCGCAUGCCAAAAGAUAUUACUUUGGCGCCCUGAAACUCGUUCCUAAUCAGGUGAAACUCAGCGUGCUCACCACGACGAAAUUGCCACAUCAUCUGCAGGCUGUAAAGAGGAAAUUGGGGUUGACUCUAAUCAACUUCGAGAACGCCACUAUCGAGCUGGAACCGUUUGUUAAGAAACAUCCUUUCGAGAGCAGUCAAUUUUUAAUACACUCUAUCAUAAAGCACUACAAAGAUGAAUUGAAGUGGCAAGCUGCGGUCAUUCUAGGUUCUGUAGAUUUCUUGGGAAACCCUCUUGGAUUCAUGAAUGACGUCACGGAAGGUGUUUCUGGUCUCAUCUACGAAGGCAGCGUGAAAAGUCUAGUGAAGAACGUCACGCAUGGUAUCUCGAACUCGGCGGCGAAAGUGACGGAAUCUCUGUCGGACGGUUUAGGGAGAGUGAUCAUGGACGAGAGCCACGAAGAGGCCAGGCAGAGGAUCCGGGCUAACACUACGGGCAGCAGCGAUCACCUGAUGGCCGGCUUAAAGGGCUUCGGUUUCGGUCUACUGGGCGGCGUCACCAGUAUAUUCAAACAGACCUACGACGGAGCGACCAGCGAGGGUUUUCCGGGUUUCUUCGCGGGCUUUGGAAGAGGAGUGGUAGGCACGAUAACGAAACCCGUCGUCGGCGUUCUAGAUCUGGCAACAGAGACAGCUAGUGCUGUUCGAGAGACAAGUAGAAGCGCUCAUCGUGCAAUACCGAAGCGCGACCGACCGCCGCGCGUCGUCAGCGGUUCUACCGGAUUGCUGCCACCGUACAAUCGUCAGCAGGCCGAGGGCCAGGAGUUUCUGCACAGCAUUAACAAUCGCGACUACUCCGAGCUCUUCGUCGCCUACGAGUGUCUGUGCAGCGGCACGGAGAACCUUCGAGUGCUGGUGUCCAACGAGAGAGUACGCGUCAUCUCUGGCGGCACGAAGGCGGUGGUGACUCAAGCCAGUUUGGCGGAUCUUCUGCGUUGCCAACCGAUGCAGAAGGUCCAGAGCAACGGCGUCAUCCUCCAUUACAUAGAGCUGAUAUCCAGAUUCGACUCGUCGGCCGCGGUCAAUCUGGACGGUUUGGCCGAAUUGUUGAGACGGCCGAAGGUGCGCUGUGACAACGAAGAGGUGGCGAAGCGGGUGUCGCAGCAAAUCAACUAUGCCAAGGGAAUGCACGAGGAGCGAAGCUUAACGUUGUCAUCGUCGGAUAACAUGUUGGACGACGUACAGCACUACAAGUAAAUCGACUGCGCGACAAGAAUUCGAAUCUUAUUUCUGACGCGUUUCCCCGGACGUGCUCUCUCUCUCUAGUCAAAUUUUUAACUUUAUCAUGUAAAGCACACGAGAAUCGGCAAUGCCUUAGUUACAACGCUUAACGUUAAGUUUAUGAGAAGACUGAUACGAGAAUUAUCGUAUAAAAGUAAUUGCUCGCCGAUAAACGACAGGCGGCUUGGAUCGGGCGUAAUUCGAGCAUAAUCAAAUUCCAAUUUCUCGCACGAAUGGCACAGAAACUUUUGAUACGGAUCGAUGAGGUGUAAAGUUAGUCAUAGGAGUGAACAAAUCGAGAGAUUUUCUAACGUUGUACAUACAUACACGUGUACAUAUGCCAGUUAAACGCGCGCGCGCAGGAUGUCCCAGCAUCACCGCUCUCGAUGAGACCGUCAGCCUUCGGUCAAGCGGGAAAUUUUUUAUCUCUGUAAUAAAGUUAUUUCGUCACGCUUCGAGUUUUAAUUGCUUGUAACUCAAAGUCGGCGCGUCGACUUGGCGUCCACAACUGGAACGCGGUGAUUUUGGGACGCGCCGUGUCUGUGUAUAUACAUGUAUUAAAGUUAACGAAUUACUUUAUCCACGGAUUUACCUACUUAACUUAGAUAGAGAAACACUCCAACCAAAGCUUUUAGUGUACGUUUAGCGGGUACAAUUAUCGCGUAGCACGUAUUCGUUCUUGUUUUCUUUUUUUAUGUAUACACGUAUACGUUUUUCGGUAGCACAGGUCCUUUCUGCGGUAGCUGAUAGCACGUUUUCGUUUUGCAUCGUCUCGACGUGCUACUUUGUACAGAAACAACAACCCUUGCGUAUGUAAGAACACCCGUGUGUAACAAAAGAGCGCGCGUAAACUGUACAAAUAGAUUAAUUCAGCUAUGUUUAAGUACUUUUGUAAAGCUGGCGUACGAGAUGCGAGAAUAAUAUACGUUUGUAAAAUAUAUAUAUAUAUAUAUAUAUCACGUUGAUACUUGUUAAGCAGAUUAAUAAAUGUUACAAGUAUGACAGUGAGUUGGGGUACAAAAGGUGCUUUAUAUUCUAAGGUAUUGUAACUUCUCUGAUGGAAAUAUUUUGCUGAAAGUAUUACGGAAAGUAUAUCGGUGAAGAGCGAGGUGAAAGUUACUGAAAAAUUACUGAAUGUAUCUCAAAAUAAAUUCAAUUUUUAUUAUGAGAUUCAAUGUAAUUCUGCGAAAUAUGAGGGGAGUGAAAGUAUACUGUUGAAAAAGCAAUAAAGAAACUGUGAAAUAUCAAA